AUGAAUUACGAAUUCGAGCGAGAGAGCGGUUUUAUCAAUAGUCAGCCGUCGCUCGCUGAGUGCCUGACAUCUUUCCCCCCUGUCGCUGAUUCAUUUCAAAGUUCAUCAAUCAAGAGCUCGACGCUUUCACGCCCGACACUGAUUCCUCCUCCCUUUGAGCAGACCAUUCCUAGCUUGAAUCCGGGCAGCCAUCCUCGGCACGGCCGGCCCAGACACAGCCCCGACGGAUGCAGCCCUCUGCCCACUGCCUCCUUACCCCCGGAGUACCCCUGGAUGCGGGAGAAGAAAGCCUCCAAGAGGAACCACCUGCCGACCUCCACCGCCACCACUAUAUCCAAUGGACCCGAGUGCUUUUCUCCAAAAGGCUCGCCUGAGGUUGUGGAGAGUGCUGGGGGAGGAGGAGGCUCCCGUCGGCUGAGGACAGCUUACACCAACACACAGCUGCUGGAGCUGGAGAAGGAGUUCCACUUCAACAAGUAUCUGUGCCGGCCGAGGAUGGAGAUAGCGGCCUUGCUGGACCUGACCGAGAGGCAGGUAAAGGUGUGGUUCCAAAACCGACGCAUGAAGCACAAGCGGCAGACCCAGAGCAAAGAGAACCACAACGGGGAUGGGAAAGGGCCGGGAGCCGAGGACGGCAUCCACAGCGACGAGGACGACGAGGGGCCCCUGUACGAGAGGAGCGGGGCCCUGCUGGAGAGAGAUACCUGCUCCUUUCAGAACAACUCAACACAGCAGCUCCACAAUGGAGAGGCCAUGGGCUUUGCUGCUGCGCCGAUGAACAGCAAUGACAAAAAUCUGAAACAUUUCCCCAACCCGUCACCCACUGUUCCGGGCUGCAUGUCAACAAUGGGCCCGGGCUCGGCAUCUGGCCCGGACAAUAGCGACAGUCCCCCGGCCCUGGAUGUUUCUAUACACGACUUUCAACCUUUCUCCUCGGAUUCCUGCCUGCAGCUCUCCGAUGCAGCCUCGCCGAGUCUAUCGGAGUCUCUGGACAGUCCCGGGGACAUUUCUGCGGAGAGCUUCUACUUUUUCUCGGAGUCCUUAACUACAAUCGACCUGCAGCAUCUGAACUAUUAACUGAAAUCAAUCACAAAAGCUUUCUUUUUGUUUUUUCCCCCCCUCGGGACAAUAAAUAUCAGGUUGCGAUGGUUUGAACUCUGCUGUUAUUUGUAUAUUCGGCACAUUUAUUCUAUUGAUAUUUGACUUGACGAUUAAUACAAGGUAAGGAUGAAAUGAAAUCACUGAAAUAGCUCUACUCAAACGUGGCUUGUAAUUUACAUAACAAAUUGAUCUCUUGGAAUGGAAAUUAUGAAUGUUUGUGAAUAAUUACAAAAUAUUAGGCCUAUGGA